GCCACUUAUAAAUCCGCGGUCACACUGGAGCAAACGAAAAUAUUACCGGCCCCGCCACAAUUCCAUUCCGCGGUGUGAUAUAUUUUUAUUUGGCAAAGUGAAAAGUUUUUGAGCCAGCGACAGACGGGAGCUGAACAGACCACAGACCUGAACCCACCCCAAAUCUAGCGAUUCAGCGAAAAAGACUCUACAUUCAGGCACAUCGGAUUGCUUUCCAUUCGAGCAACAGUCACAUCCUCAGCCUAAAAGAAACAGCAUGGCCUGGCGCUUCAAGGCUUCCAAAUAUAAAAAUGCCGCGCCUAUUGUCCCCAAAGCGGAGGCAUGCGUCCGCGAAAUCUGUGUGGGUAGCUAUCAGACUUAUGGCAACAAUAUCGCCGCCUCGGCCGCCUUCAUGGCCUUCAAUUGGGAGCACACCGGAUCGAGUGUGGCCGUCCUGCCGCUGGACGAUUGCGGGCGCAAGAGCAAGACAAUGCCGCUGCUGCAUGGCCACACGGACACAGUGACAGACCUGAAGUUUUCGCCAUUCCAUGACGGCCUGUUGGCUACCGCAUCGCAGGAUUGCCUGGUGAAAAUCUGGCAUAUACCAGAAAAGGGCCUGGAGCAGUCGCUCUCCGAUCCGGAGGCCGUCUUCUCACACAAACAGCGUCGCGUGGAGACGGUGGGCUUCCAUCCGACGGCCGAUGGUAUGAUGUACUCGACAGCGGCCGGCUGUGUGGCCCUGUUCGAUCUGAGGAGCCAGAAGGAGAUAUUCUCCAACAACGAGCAUCCCGAGGUGAUACAGUCGGCCAGUUGGCGCGAGGAUGGCACCGUCCUGGCCACCAGCUGCAAGGACAAGUGUGUGCGAAUCUUCGAUCCACGCGCCGCCGGCUCACCCAUCCAAAUGUUGGCUGAAUCGCAUCAGAGCAUCAAGGAUUCGCGAGUCGUCUGGCUGGGUGGCCAGUCGCGCAUCCUUACCACCGGCUUUGAUGCCGCUCGCUUGCGGCAGGUGAUCAUCCGGGAUAUCCGUAACUUUGGCACACCCGAAAAGACCCUCGAGCUGGACUGCUCGACGGGCAUACUGAUGCCACUGUUUGAUCCCGACACGAACAUGCUCUUCCUUGCCGGUAAGGGGGACACGACCAUUAACUAUCUGGAGAUCACCGACAAGGAUCCAUAUCUGAUCGAGGGACUGCGUCACACUGGCGAACAGACAAAGGGCGCCUGCCUGGUCCCCAAGCGGGCAUUGAAGGUGAUGGAGGCGGAGGUGAAUCGCGUUCUCCAACUCACAUCCAACAUGGUCAUUCCCAUCAUGUACCAAGUGCCCAGAAAGACCUAUCGCGAUUUCCAUGCCGAUCUCUAUCCGGAGACCACGGGCUACAAAACAGAACUGAUUGCCAGCGAGUGGCUGAAUGGUAGCAAUCAGGCGGUGCCCAAAAUGAAUCUGGAUCCAGCAAAGCGGGAACUUGGCGACGAACCGAUAAUCAUUCAUCGGGGCAAUUUAAGCGAUUUUGUCAAGAAUCUGGAGAACCAGCGGACCAAUGGCCAAGGCAAGGGCACGGCCGCCGGCCAGAAGAUCCAGACACAGACCCCAAACCAGAAUCAGUUGUCGUCGGCCAAGCGCAACGACAACGAGCACUUUGUGAUGCUGAGCAAGGGCAACAAUUUCGAGGAGAAGAACGGCAACGACAACAGCAACAGCACCCAGAACGGAGCCGGUCAGAAGAAGAGCUGCGCCCAGUCGCAGUCGCAGUCGCAGUCACAGCCGGACGGGGAAUGUAGCGAGCUGAUACGCAAAUUUGAGGCCAAGUACAAGAUCGAUUCCGAGAAGGAUGUACGUACUGCGGGCGGCGGUGCCCAUGAUGAUGAAAAGGAAUCGCCCACCGAACAUUCGGCGGGCAGCAGCGAAGAGGCAUCCGCCAGCUCGUCGGGUGCUCUGGACACGCAUUCAGCCAGCGGCAGCAACUCCCCGCCCAAGCCAAUGCCGCGAACAUCGCGCAACAACUCGCUGCCAGAGGCCAGCGAUUCAGCGGGCGAGAGUAGCAGCACCACAACCACACCACGGCCCAGGCCACGUACAACGGCAGCGACUGCCUAUAAGCCUCGUUUGGGACCGAAGCCCUUCUCGAGCACCACAGGCGAUGUGUCCUUUGACAAGGUGUUUGCCGUGCCCCUUGCACCCGGCUCACAUGAGAACAUCUCGAGCGUUGGCCAGGAGAGCAGCGUAGGCAGCGCAGGCGGAGAGCCAGCACCAGCACCAGCCAUAGCUGCUCACGUACAGCCGUCAGCCAAGCCGGAUCUCAUUGUCGAAAUUGAAAUCAAAAAGAAGAACGAGCGGGAGACGAUUGCAACCGCUGGAAAUGGAGUGCAAAAGUCACUGACCACAUCGGAGCGACGCAAGUCUUCGGCUGACGAUGAUGAAUCAUCCGAUAAGAUUUUCGAACAAAACUCCGAAUCGUCGGAGAACUCAACGGAGGGCGAAGAUCGCACCGAUGCCGAUCUUCGACGCUUCUCCUCGGCCCGAAGCAGCAUUGCCGAGCGUCGACGUCUCUACGAGAAUCGCUCCAAGAGUCAGGUGGACGAGAAGGCCCAGUCGCCAGUGCCAUUGCGUCGCGAACCCUCCAAGGUGGAGCCGCUAAAGCCCAACCAACAGCAGCCGCAGCAACAGAGCAACGUUAUUGGUGGCACCUGCGUGGACGGCAAGCGCAUCUCGGUGCCGGAGGGAAAGCUCCUCGAAGAACAUCGUCAGCAGCGGGGCAACAAUGGAGCCGCCAAUGCUGCUGGACUCAAGAAAUCCGCCACGGAGGCCGCCUUCAGUGCCGCCUCGACCAAACGCACCUCGACCGUUUUCGGCAAGGUCUCCAAAUUCCGACACCUGAAGGGCACGCCCGGCCACAAGUCCACACACAUUGAGAACUUGCGCAACUUGAGCCGUCAGAUACCGGGCGAAUGCAAUGGCUUCCAUGCCAAUCACGAGCGUGUGGCGGUCCCGCUUUCGGGGCCAGGCGGCAAGAUAGCCAUCUUUGAGCUGAGUCGCCCGGGCCGUCUGCCCGAUGGUGUCAUUCCCUCGCUGGUGAAUGGCAGCAACAUCAUGGACUUCCAGUGGGAUCCGUUCGAUGCCCAGCGCCUGGCCGUUGCCUGUGACGAUGGCAUUGUCAAGCUCUGGCACAUAGCCGAGGGCGGCCUCAGUGAGCCAACAAACACGCCCGCCGGCGAACUGACAGCCCACCUUGACAAAAUCUACUUCAUCCGCUUCCACCCGUUGGCCGCCGACGUUCUGCUCACAGCCAGCUACGACAUGACCAUUAAGCUCUGGGACUUGCGCACCAUGACCGAGAAGUGCUCGCUCACGGGCCACUCGGACCAGAUAUUCGACUUUGCCUGGAGCCCAUGCGGCCGUCUGGGUGCCACCGUCUGCAAGGAUGGCAAAAUACGCGUCUACAAUCCACGCAAAUCGGAGAUGCCCAUACGCGAGGGCAACGGACCCGUGGGCACCCGAGGAGCACGCAUCACCUGGGCCGUCGAGGGACAAUAUAUUGUCUGCACUGGAUUCGAUAAGGUCUCGGAGCGACAGAUCAGCGUUUACAAUGCCCAAAAAUUGUCGGCACCGCUGAACACGGCCAGUCUGGAUGUGUCGCCAUCGAUACUGAUACCCUACUAUGACGAGGACAGCUCCACACUGUUUGUCACAGGCAAGGGCGAUUCGACCAUCUAUUGCUAUGAGAUCACCGACGAGGAGCCGUACAUCUGCCCGCUGUCGCAUCAUCGUUGCACAUCGCUGCACCAGGGCCUGAGCUUCCUCACCAAGAACCACUGCGAUGUGGCCAGCGUGGAGUUCUCCAAGGCCUAUAGGCUGACCAACACGACCAUCGAGCCGCUCAGCUUCACAGUGCCACGCAUCAAGAGCGAACUGUUCCAAGACGACCUCUUUCCACCCACGCGCAUCACCUGGAGCGCCACGCUCAGUGCCGACGAUUGGUUUGCCAGCAACAAUGACAAGGCGGCACCCAAGAUCAGUCUCAAGCCCGAGGGCAUGGAGACCCUUUCUUCCAUACAACAAGUGCCAGUGCAGCAUGUUAAGAAAUCGUUAGAGCAGCCCGCUCAAUUCGGCCAAAAGUCAGAGUACGAAAUAAACAAACAGCAAGAGAUACAGAAAUCGGUGAGUGCGCGCAUGGAGUACACCACAAAGCUGGAGCAGGACGAUAUGGAGGGUGUGGACGAGAACGAGUGGCAGGAGUAGCAGCAAAAAAAUCAUCAACAGCAACAGACACAAAAUUGGGUGUAACUUUUACUAUAAAUAUUGACAGGACACAGCAUCAGCAACAGCAAAACAUUACAUACAUAUAUGUAUAUGUAUAAUAAUAGUAGUAAUAUAUAUAUAUUUAUAUAGAACUCUCUCUCGUAGACAUGCCGCAAGCAAAAGAAAAAACUAAUCCACAAACAUGGCCAUAAGAAGGUCCUCCAAUCCGUGCAGUAUACACAUUUGUAUGUUGUAAAAAAAAAGGGGGAGGAAAGGUUAGACUGUUCCGUACCCUUGGGUUUUUCAUUCCCUAUCAGCCGUAUUCCCCUACCCUCCUUCUCCUUCAACUCACACUGCAGUUGCUCAAGAAUUGCCAAAUUACCGAUCGUAAGCAAUAAUUUUGUUCGUUUCGUUUCGUUUCGCUUCGUUUUUUACAUUUGUUUAAACUACACAGCGUUUUAAUGUGUAAUUAUGGAUGUUUAUUUGUUUGAAUGUGUAAACGUGUGCUACAAUAUUUAAGUAGUUAGUCCAAAAUUAGUUUAGGCCUGACUUGUAUAAUUGAUAAUCAUUUACACUUAAUGGAAUCCCUCCUGAGUUCUCGCGUCCUUAAGUUUGUGUAUUUGUUUUGUUUUUUUUUUUUGGUUUUGUUUCUUUGUAUGUGGCCAUAUAAUAAUAUAUUUUUAUAAGGAUAUAUUUACACCCCUCUCUCUCUCUCUCUCUCUCUAUCCCUCUCUCUCAUUUUGUCAUUUGUAUGUGUGGUGUGCGUGCGAGCGAGAGGGUCAACUGUCUGUCUCCUUCUUUGUCAUUUUCUUUCUAGUCUUUGCUCCAUCGAUCCUUUAUCCUCCUUCAACCAUGCCCUAACAAAAAUACAACAUAUAGACUGUAACUGUAACUGUAAUAAUUGCUGAUAAAAAAUAUAAUAAUAAUUGGAUACGUUUCAUAGGCGUAAAGACAAUUAAUUAAGAACAUACAAACAAAAAACAAAACAAAAACCGAGAGCAAGCGAAAGCGAAACUAAAAUGACAAAAUCAAACAUUGUAAACAGAGAAUCAAAGAAAAUGCUGAGAGAAACAAACUCGAAAAUUGUACGAUUCCAAAAUGUAUUCAUAACGAAAAGACUUGAACCAGAGAUGAGCCAGAGCCAGAUAUUGGCUGGCGAAUCUCCCUCCCAAUAACUUCACAAGAGAGAAACGAACAAAAAAA